UAUUUCUGUUCCUGACACUUCUGUCUGUAAAAAUCGUAAUUACGAAAAAAAGUAAUUUCUUCAAUACCCCUAGAUAAAUAACAUUUCAAAAUGAGUAAAUCUAAAGUUGUUUUGCGCGAUAUUUCGCCUGUGAUGCAAAAAUUUAGAGAUUUCCUUCUGGGAAGGAAACAUACGAAUGCACUACGCUUUGAACCGCUGCUGGCAGCUAGGACUCAGCCUCAACCACAAAUUCCUGAUGGAUCUUCGCACAAGCAUGCUGCGAAUUACUACUACACUCGCGACGGUCGUCGUGAAGUAGCGCCGCCCAUGGACCUCGGCAAGGCACUGCUGGAAGCUAGUUCUGACAAAGGAGCACCCAAACAAGCUGCCAACCGAAGGCCCACGCCUGGCCCUGUCUACCAAUGGGACAAACACUAUGAAUGAACAGUUGUCAUAGGAAAAUAAGUGAAAUACAAUGGAAGUGUAAGUUAAUAAAGUUUAUGUAGUAAGGGCAAAACGUU